UCGAGCAUGUCAGCAUGCUGGUCAUCUUACUAAACUGCGUCACCCUUGGGAUGUUCCAACCCUGCGAGGACGUGGAGUGCAAAUCGGAGCGGUGCACCAUUCUGGAGGCUUUUGAUGGCUUUAUCUUCGCUUUCUUCGCGGUGGAAAUGGUCAUUAAAAUGAUCGCCCUCGGAAUCUUCGGACAGAAGUGUUAUCUGGGAGAUACGUGGAACCGGCUGGAUUUCUUCAUCGUCAUGGCUGGGAUGAUGGAGUAUUCUCUGGAUGGACAUAAUGUCAGCCUGUCUGCGAUCCGUACCGUUCGUGUUUUACGGCCGCUAAGAGCCAUCAAUAGGGUUCCAAGUAUGCGGAUUCUGGUCACCCUGCUCUUAGACACCCUUCCUAUGUUGGGCAACGUUCUCCUUUUGUGUUUUUUUGUGUUUUUCAUCUUUGGGAUCGUCGGCGUCCAGCUCUGGGCCGGGCUGCUCAGAAACAGAUGUUUCCUGGAUCCCGACUUUGCAAUGGCUUUUAACUCAUCCUCUCUGAAGCCCUAUUACCAGGUCGAUGAAACCGAGGACAACCCGUACAUCUGCUCCUCCGUCCGAGACAACGGGAUGCUGAAAUGUCAGGAUAUCCCGCCAAAGCUGGACUGUUCACACACUUACUACGCCGAGUACACCAACAGCUGUAUGAACGUCAAUCAAUAUUACAACGUAUGCAAACCGGGAGAGGUGAAUCCGCAUAAAGGUGCCAUCAAUUUUGAUAACAUUGCCUAUGCCUGGAUAGCCAUUUUUCAGGUGAUCACCCUGGAAGGCUGGGUUGAUAUAAUGUACUAUGUCAUGGAUGCACAUUCUUUUUACAAUUUUAUAUAUUUUAUACUACUUAUAAUAGUUGGUUCUUUCUUCAUGAUAAACUUGUGCCUGGUUGUGAUAGCAACACAGUUUUCUGAAACAAAGCAGCGGGAGAAUCAGCUCAUGCAGGAGCAGAGGGCUCGAUAUCUCUCCAACGACAGCACAAUUGCCAGCUUCUCGGAACCAGGUAGCUGCUACGAGGAGCUGCUCAAAUACAUCUGCCACAUCUUCAGGAAGGUUAAGCGACGGACGUUACGACUUUAUAAUAACUGGCAGAACAAGCGGAGGAAAAAAGUCAACCCCAACAGCACCAUGAAUGGUCAGGGACGAGGCCGCAAAUGCAAGCGGCGGAUUAACUCCAUCCAUCAUCUUAUUCAUCACCACCAUCAUCAUCACCACCAUCAUUACCACAUUAGUAAUGGCAGUCCCAGGGGGCCCCGGUCAAGUCCUGAGAUCUGUGAUGUGGAAAUGAAGAUCAUGAAGUCGGGAAGCCAACUAAGGCUUCCAUCUCCUUCGCCGAGUUCUCAGAACCCGACAUCCAACAGCGAGUCCGUCCAUAGCAUCUACCACGCGGAUUGCCAUCUCGAGGGGCCGCAGCUGAAAAUGUGCAAGUCUUCCAAUGCCUCUUCCAACUUAAAACUAAACGCUGGACCCAACCACGCCAAUAUGAAUUAUCCGACCAUCCUCCCUUCCCCAGCCAUCAAAACGAGUCCCACUCCGGUACCGAAAAGCAAAAGAAGCGGCAGCAUUCCUGUGAGCUUAAUCAACAGCCCGAUCAGUUUAAAUACCGACUCGUAUGGAAAAGUCCAACAGCUCGUGGGGGAGCACGGUCUUUGUAGAAGCUCCAGCAAACUGUCCAGUUUAAGUGUACCAUGCUCCAUUCAAAGUUCUCAGCCCAGCCCCAUCAUGUGUGAGCUCCAGAAGUGCAGCUACUGUGCAAAGCUCUUGGACAACCCAGAGCUGGACUUCAGCGACUCUGAUAGCUGCGAAUCUGAUACCAACGGGGUCUACGAGUUCACCCAGGACCUGAGGCAUGGAGACCAACGAGAUCAAGUGCGGAAAGGGAAGAAGUCCAGGAGACCAAAGGAAACCAACAAGGUCUACAAACUGUGGGUGGAAUUCAGCAACCGGCUAAAAAGGAUUGUGGACAGCAAAUACUUCAAUCGCGGGAUUAUGAUCGCCAUCUUGAUAAAUACGCUGAGCAUGGGCAUUGAAUAUCACGAACAGCCAGAAGAGUUGACCAACGCGCUGGAGAUCAGUAACAUCGUCUUUACCAGCAUGUUUGCUUUGGAGAUGUUUCUCAAGCUCUUGGCCUUUGGGAUUUUUGGAUACAUCAAGAAUCCGUAUAACAUCUUCGACGGAAUCAUAGUCGUCAUAAGCGUAUGGGAGAUCAUCGGACAAUCAGACGGAGGUCUCUCUGUGCUCAGAACGUUCCGCCUGCUCCGCGUCCUGAAGCUCGUCCGCUUCAUGCCAGCUCUCCGCCGGCAGCUGGUGGUCUUGAUGAAGACAAUGGACAACGUUGCCACGUUCUGCAUGCUUCUCAUGCUCUUCAUCUUUAUUUUCAGUAUCCUCGGCAUGCAUCUUUUUGGUUGUAAGUUUACUUUGCGAACCGACAACGGGGACACCAUCACAGACAGGAAGAACUUCGAUUCUCUGCUCUGGGCCAUCGUUACUGUGUUCCAGAUUCUCACCCAGGAAGAUUGGAACAUGGUGCUCUAUAACGGAAUGGCGUCAACCUCCUCUUGCGCCGCCCUUUAUUUCGUGGCGCUGAUGACGUUCGGAAACUACGUUCUGUUUAAUCUCCUGGUGGCUAUUCUGGUGGAAGGGUUUCAAGCAGAGGGGGAUGCGACAAGGUCAGAUACCGACGAGGAUAAAGCCUCAGCCAUCUUAGACGAAGACCUAGAGAAGCUGAAGGAAGCUCGUGCCGCAGAGUUGAAGAUGUACUCCCUGGCAGUGACUCCUAACGGACACCUGGACCCCAGAUGCUCCAUGCCUCCCCCUAUCAUCAUGCGGACUGCUGCCACCCCGAUGCCCACACCAAAGUGUUCACCUUGCCUGGACCCCGGGCACACGUACCUGGAUUCAAGGAGGGAAAGCAGUGUGUCCAUCGAUCCUUCAGUCUGUGACCAGAAGUCUUUGGCCAGCCUCCGAAGCUCCCCGUGCGCUCCUUGGGGUACUUACAGUAACUGGGGGAGCCGUCGCUCUAGCUGGAAUAGUCUUGGCAGAGCCCCAAGCAUUAAAAAGCGGAACCAGUCUGGCGAAAGGGAGUCCCUGCUCUCGGGCGAAGGCAAAGGAAGUACAGACGACGACUCCGACGACUGUAAGUCCGGCUCCAUGGCAAGAGCUUCCUUACAUCGACGGGCAGGCUCUCUGGACACCCGCGGCUCCUUGGAUAUCCCGGAGCUCCUUCAAGUGCCAACGUUACGGCACUCCCUCAGCGUCAGCCCCUUGGCAAUGGUUCCCUCGGAGUACCAGGACUGCAACGGCAAGAUGCUUCACGUGCCCAAUGAUCUGUUCGUCCGAGUUGAAAAACACAAGGAGGAACCCCUGGACUAUGACGACGACCUAGAAGAUAGUUACUGCUUCCGAAUUCGGAAGAUAUUGGAGCCCUACAAGCCGAAAUGGUGCAAGACCCACGAAGACUGGUCUCUUUACUUGUUCUCACCACAAAACCAGUUCCGUAUGGUAUGUCAGAAGGUCAUCGCGCACAAGAUGUUCGACCACGUCGUUCUCGUCUUCAUCUUUCUGAACUGCAUCACUAUCGCCCUGGAACGACCCGACAUCGACCCCAACAGCAUGGAACGGAUAUUUCUGAGCGUUUCCAACUACAUUUUCACGGCAAUCUUCGUUGUGGAAAUGACAAUUAAGGUGGUGGCUCUUGGCUUCUUCGCUGGAGAGAAUGCUUAUCUACAAAGCAGCUGGAAUGUGCUGGAUGGACUCUUGGUCUUUGUUUCUAUUAUUGAUAUCAUCGUGUCCCUGGCAUCGGCUGGAGGAGCCAAGAUUUUAGGCAUCCUGAGGGUCUUGAGGCUGCUUCGGACUCUACGCCCUCUGAGGGUAAUCAGCAGAGCUCCAGGAUUAAAGCUGGUGGUAGAGACUCUGAUUUCUUCUCUUCGACCCAUUGGAAACAUUGUCCUAAUCUGCUGCGCCUUCUUCAUCAUCUUUGGAAUUUUGGGAGUGCAGCUCUUUAAAGGAAAGUUUUACUAUUGUGAGGGUCUGGACACCCGCAACAUCACCAACCGUUCAGAGUGUAACCGGGCGCGCUACAAAUGGGUGCGGCGGAAAUACAACUUUGACAACUUGGGGCAGGCCCUGAUGUCGCUGUUUGUUCUCUCAUCCAAAGAUGGCUGGGUGAAUAUCAUGUAUGAUGGACUCGACGCUGUUGCCACCGAUGUUCAGCCUAUCCGGAACCACAACCCGUGGAUGCUCCUCUAUUUCAUUUCCUUCCUCCUCAUCGUCAGCUUCUUCGUCCUCAACAUGUUCGUGGGAGUGGUGGUAGAAAACUUCCACAAGUGCCGGCAACACCAAGAGGCCGAGGAAGCCCGCCGCCGCGAGGAGAAACGUCUCCGCCGUCUGGAGAAAAAGCGCAGGAGUAAGGCGUUAUAUAUGUCUGAGGCUCAGCGGAGACCCUAUUACGCAGACUACUCGCCGGCUCGACGGUACAUCCACACACUGUGCACCAGCCACUACCUGGACCUCUUCAUCACCUUCAUCAUUGGCAUUAAUGUCAUCACUAUGUCCAUGGAGCAUUACAACCAGCCAAAGUCUCUGGAGGAAGCAUUGAAAUAUUGUAAUUACCUCUUCACAAUCGUCUUCGUUUUCGAAGCUGUCCUCAAGCUGGUCGCCUUUGGCUUCAGAAGGUUCUUCAAAGACAGGUGGAAUCAGUUGGACUUGGCCAUCGUCCUCCUGUCCAUCAUGGGGAUCACCCUGGAGGAGAUUGAAAUAAACGCCUCUCUCCCCAUCAAUCCAACCAUCAUCCGAAUAAUGAGAGUCCUGAGGAUCGCUCGAGUCUUGAAGCUCCUGAAGAUGGCUACAGGAAUGCGAGCCUUGCUGGACACCGUAGUACAGGCCUUACCACAGGUCGGAAACCUCGGUCUCCUCUUCAUGCUGCUGUUUUUUAUCUACGCUGCCCUGGGAGUGGAAUUGUUUGGCAAACUCAUUUGCAAUGAUGAGAAUCCCUGCGAGGGGCUAAGCAGACACGCCACGUUCGAGAACUUCGGAAUGGCUUUUCUCACCCUUUUCCGAGUCUCCACCGGCGACAACUGGAACGGCAUCAUGAAGGACACGCUCCGGGAGUGCAGCAGCGAUGACAAGCAUUGCCUCAGCUACCUGCCCAUCAUCUCCCCCGUCUAUUUCGUCACCUUUGUCCUCAUUGCCCAGUUCGUACUGGUCAACGUUGUGGUCGCAGUGUUGAUGAAACACCUAGAGGAGAGCAACAAGGAGGCCAAAGAGGAUGCCGAGAUGGAUGCCGAGAUUGAGUUGGAGAUGUCCCGGGCGCUUACCCCUGCUCCCGGCGCAUGUAGCCCAUCUCCGGAGAACAAGCCGUCCAGCAGAGGGCCAUCACCAAUGAUGACAGAGCUGCCGGUGCUCCUGAAGCACGCCAAGGGGACAUUGAGCCAGGAGAAUGUGAGUCUAAUGAUCCCAGAAUCAGCGGAGGGAGCAGCCCUGCUGAAGGACGCAGUCCCGCCGUCCCCCGGGCCCUACAAGCAAAGCUUACAACUUCCCCUCCAGCCCACCGUCUAUGGGCAAGAGGACGGUGAUAUCUACAUGAGGGAUGGAACCGGCUCGCAAACCCUCCUGGCGGUGCGAAAGGUCUCAGUCUACAGGAUGCUCUCAUUACCCAAUGACAGCUACAUGUUUCGUCCCGUCCUCCCAGCCAAGGCUUCGUACCCUCUGCGUGAAGUGGAAGCUUAUGAAGACACUUCUCCAAAUGGAUCAGUUACAUCUGUCCACACUCAAACCGGAGAAACAAACUCCUUGCUUCAGGUUCCGGUGGAAUGCCAACCUUUGCCUUCGUCAGGUUGCCACCUGGAUUCAGAGGACAUGCCUAAAAUCCCACCGCCGAUCUCCACAUCUAGAUCUCCAAGUCUGAACAGAUUUCUCCGUAGACAAGAGGCCAUACGGAUGGACUCGGUUGACUAUCAGAACGGAGAUUCAGGGGACAGUCUUUAUGUCGACUCCACGGAAAGUUUAAAUGUGAGGACGCCGUCGUUAAAUACAUUGGUUCCAAAUCUGCUCUGCCCCACUUCUCUAUCUCUACAGGGAACCCCACAAUCUUCCCCCAACCUGUCCUGCCACCCAAGACAUUCCAGCGUCCGUACACGCAAACACGUGUACAGCCAACACAGUAUUCCGAGUCGACCUUCGAGCGGCAGCAGCAGCAACACCAACCCAGAGGAAUCUACGUUUGAGUCCUCGGACCCAGCUGAUGAAGAAGUCAGCCAUAUAAACAGCUCAGUGAAGAGCUGGAGAGGACAAUCCUAUAAUCGAAGUCACUCUGUCUCUCCAUUCAUCUCCCAAGCUUCAUCUCCUCCUCUACUAAAGAACUGCAAUAGCACAGCCAGCCUGGCGGGGACCAGCAGCAAAGACAAAGACUUGAAGAAGUUCUACAGUGUUGAUACGCAAGGAUUCUUAGCUAAGCCCACGUCGGUAGAAGAUCAAAGGAGGCAUUCAAUUGAGAUCUGCCCCUCCAUUGACGAUGGAGAUUCUUGCUUUGACUUGUCCAUUGAGGAUAAUCAUGACUCUUCUGUUCUCAUACAGUCCGACCCAGAGUACAUCAAUGGAGUUCGAAGGAAGAAGAAGAUGAGUCCACCUUGUAUUUCUAUAGAACCUCCCAUGGAGGAUGAGAGUGGGACAGCUCCUUGUACGAAGGCAUCUGAAAACAGCAUGAUGCUAAGAAGGAGAACGCCGUCUUGUGAAUCCACCGCAUACAGGGACUCUUUAGAUCUUAGUGAUAACCAGGUAUGCGACCUAACGUCAAAAGCCGACAGGCGGAUCCAGACGCCCUGUCGCAAUGAACACUUGAUAAUACCCACCUACUCUUUUGACCAGCUGGACACGAGCAGCUUCUCUGACCUUUUAUCGGAGGGUGGGUGUUCCUCUCCUUCAUUGGUCGCCCUUGUGGAUUCCAGACCUGACCCGGUGGCUUUAGAUAUUAAACAAAUAGACCAUCUACAAAUUCAGAACAGCAAUCAUGAAAACAGUAGCGACGUAAUUUGCAUUGGUAAGGGUUCCUUGAAAAAGCUUGCACUAGUGAACUCUUCCAACACAACAGAGGAAGCGAUUAAUAAACCAUUAUAGCUGUUAAGGGCUUGAGACAUUAGAACAUGGAUGAACCAUUGGAUAGACGGGUCUUAUAAUCCCCUACGGGUGGUCUUAGCGUUUUUAAUAAGCUGUGGGCUCAUAAGGAGUACUGGGGGGGGGAUAAAACAAGGGAUUUGCAGAUGGUUUGAAUUAAAAUUUUCUUGUUUUGUUUGGUUUUAUAAACGGAAUACGGAGUUAACUUCCCAUAUAGCCUCAAUCACAUUGAUUCGAGUUUUUUUUUUAAGUUCUUUUUUUCUAUUUUUAAGCUGGCACUUUCUAUUGUGCAGAGACACAGUAUGCAUAAGUGCUGAAAUAUGAAAACCUGUACAUUAUCUGUAUAUCAGCAUUAUAAAUAAAAUAGAAAUAAUGUAUUUGUGAAAAAAAAAAAGAA